AUGGCAUCUGAAGCCGAUAAGUCCAACCCUGGGCUGGUCGCUGCCGCCGAUGCGCCCGUCGAAAACGGAAGCUCAGACGCUCCAGAUACGAUAAACGGUGCGAAUCCAGAUGGCUCCGGUGCCGCGGAAGCAGCGGGAGACGCAGUUGCAGCAGAAGCCGAAGCUGCUGCAGGCGGAGGGGAAGGAGCAGGAGGGGAGGGUGGUGUAGGUGGUGGCGAGGGAGCGAAGAAGGCGGGAGAGGAGGGCAAGGAAGGGACGGCGAGCGAGGUGCAGGCGAAUCUGGAGAAGAAGAAGGCGCGCGCGGAGCGGUUCGGGACGGAGCUGACGAUCAGCGAAGCGGAGAAGCGCCGCCUGCGCGCCGAGCGGUUCGGCACUGCGGACGCCACGCCUGCGGCGGAGGACGCCAAGAAGGCGGCGAGAGCCGCCAAGUUCGGAAUCAAGGCGGAUAAGGACGCCGGGAAUGGCGCGGGCGGUGGGAGCAGCGCGGACAAGGCCGCGGAGGAAGCGCGGAAGAAGGCCCGCGCUGAACGGUUCGGCACGAGCCAGCUCUCCGCGCUGAGUGCGGAGGAGGCGGCCAAGAGGGAGGCCCGAGCCAAGAAGUUCGGCACGGGGGGAGACGGAGCAGCGUUGUCUGGAGGGGAUAAGAAGAGAGACACGUCCGCCAAUCCUGCGGACAGCGAGCUCGAGGCUAAGAAGAAGGCUCGGGCGGAGAGGUUCGGCACAUCCGCGCCUGCCGGGGCUGAUGCUGGGGCUGCCAAAGAUGAGGGCGGCGCUGUUGCGGGCAGCAGCAGCUAA